AAAAAACAUUUAAGAAAGGAUAAAGGAUCCAACAGUAAAUUGCACACGACAGCCAAACGGAUCCCAGUCGGGGCUCCGACAAAGUUUUAAUGGUUUCUUAAGAAAAAUCAAAAGCCGUUUGCUUUUUUUGAAAUUUCCAUGGCGGACGAAAAGGAGAUCGUCGAUAUUUAUAGCUCAGAUGAGGAAUACGACGAAGACGAUGAUGAUGAUGAUGAUACCGAUGGCGAGAGUAGCGACGAAGACGAUGAAGAAGAAGAUCGGAAUCUGAGUGGAGAUGAUAGCGAAUCAAGCGAAGAUGAUUACACUGAUUCGAAUUCGGAUUCUGAUGACGACGAUGAAGAAGAUGAUGAUGAUGAGGAGGAGGAAGAAGAAGAAGACUCCCUUGUUGAUAAAGUCACUCGUCUACUCAAAGGGAAACAAGAUUGACUCGUACACAUUUCUUAGCUGAGAAGCUUUUUUUAAGGAUAAAAGGUAGGAGCAUGAAAGAAGCAGUUUAUCAAAGAUCAUCUAUUGCUAAGGUAAAUCAUAUACUAUUUCUAUACAUGCUCUUAAUACCAGAGAUGUCGAAAACAUUUGUUAAUGCAAUGGAGAUUAUUGUUCUCUUCACACUUAUAUAAGUUUCUUCAGAGGGUUUAACGAUUUUAGAAUGGCUAGCCCCAAAGACUAUUUGUAAACUUGUGUUCGAAUCACUCAUAAGUUCGCUUGUCAUAUAUGAUCGUCUUAUGAUUGUACUAAGCCUACUCUUAGCGAACUACCGGUAUUCAUGAUUUUUGGGGUGGCAUGCAACUUCUUUAACUCACUGUUCCUGGUCUAGUUUUCGCUUCUUUACGCAAUACAAUAACACAAUGCUAGCACAAAUGUGUAGUCAAAGAAAACUCUCAGUGUGUUCUUGUCACCAAUGCUUAUCUGU